GUUAUAAGUAUACGUGGGUAAGAAAGGUUGGUCUAUCCGUGUUCGGAAGCCUAUUCCAUUAACAGCAGCAAUGUCCAAUCCAGGGUAACAGGAUAAUAUGUCGCUCAGUGGCCCUCCCCAACCCUUCAGAAUAAUGGACUUGUUCCGCACCACCUGGCGCGUAUAAAUGGGAGGCAGAGCCAAAAACCUGUAAUGCUGCGCCGGUUGUGGCAGUCUCUUCGGCAGGUGCUGUUUCUGAUGGCCCGGAGACCUGAUCUUGUCUGUGGGGCUGUCCUGCUCAGUGUCCUUCUCAUACUGGCUGUCAAGUUCACAUGCAGCCGUGCUAAAAAUGUCGUGGCUGCAGCCCGGCCGCCAGUGCGGUUCUUCUCCGCUGAAGCACCGGUGGUGGACCUCUACUUGGGCCAGUUGGACCAGGUAGAGCGACUGAGGAGUGUGGCCGAGGUGUCUCUCAUCUUCUUCUAUGCACCGUGGUGUGCACACUCCAUGGCCGCCCGGCACGAAGUCCAGACGGUGGCCAAAAAGUUGGCCAAACAGGUAGAGCAUGGACAUGUGCAGUUUGUGGCUGUCAACUGCUGGUGGAGCCAGGGAAAAUGCCGGAAACAGAAUCGUUUAUUUCAGUACCCAGUCAUCCAUCUGUUCUACAAAAGAUUUGGGCCUAUCGACUACAGAGGGCCCUUUAUUGCUGCCUAUGUGGAGAGCUUUGUGCUCCGAGUGCUCACACCGCUAACCUACCUACCCUCAAGGGCCACGCUGAAAGACUUUCUCUCCUACCACGAGCCAGGGGUAGUUGGAUUCUUCCAGUUCAACUCCUCUCCUCAACCCCCAGGGUACCUCACCUACCUGUCAUCUGCCCUGCAGGCCCUCAAGAGGGAUUUCCGUGGUGGCACACGUUUUGGGGUGGUGACCAACAGACAGGUAGCGGAGGCCAUCUCCAUCCAAGAGGAUCAGACUGUAUACCUCCAUCGGCGAUUCAACUCUUCCUUGAUUUUCCCCCGUCGGGAGCAGAACUUCACGUCGGAGGGCAUCUGUAGCUGGGUGUUUCAGCACCAGGAGAGGGUCCUCCGCUGGCUGCAGCCCCCGGGCACCAAGUCCACCCUCCUGGAGCAGGAGCUGACCAAAGGCCCCGCGCUACUGCUCUUCAUGCCCCACAAUCCCCUCAGCGCAGAGGCCCAUCCCCAUCUGAAGCAGGUGGCGGACAUCGCUCUGCGCUACCACAGCUGCGACCGAAGCGAGCGCCGGCGCUGGCCCGACGCCGGGGUCCCGGCGGGCUGCCAGUCGGUGGUGGUGCAGCCGGGGUCGAGCCGCGCCGACGGCAGCACCACCGUGUGCGAGCUGUGCCUCAACACGUCACGGCCCGGCGCCCGGACCUCCGCCGCCACGCCCUGCUCGUGCCUCUCCAGGGCCCGGGGAGGGGGAGGAGCCCUGCUGCUCCUCCACCGGUCGGACGGGGUCGCCGCGACCGUUCCCGCCGUGGCCGCGGGGACGUCGCCCGCCACCUGUAGCAACUUCCGCUGCGGCUACGACCCGUUCAGCCUGUACAGCGCCUGCUGCCGGAGGAGGCAGCUGGAGCCCCACGGCGCCCCGCCUCCGGCGACCGACGCAAGUUCCGAGGAUCACGGUGCGGACUUCGUCCCUCCCCCUUCGUCUCCCUCCUCCUCCUCCUCUUCUUCUUCUUCUUCCUCCUCCUCCAUCCCUCCAUCCUUCGACGAGGCGGUGAACAUCACAGGGCUCCGCUGCCGCACCAACAAGACGCUGAACUUCUAUGUGCUGGACGUGGCCUUGACCUGGCCCCUGGCCGCGAGGCUGGGAGCGCCCGGCAACGCCAGCGGCUCCCGGCCCGAGGCGGCCCUGGGACAGGGGGGGGGCCGAGACUGGUCGUUUGCCACCAUCGUCGACCUGAAGGACGAGGUCCACUACGUCCUGGACCACAGCCCGGCGCACAGCCUGGCCGAGGCCCUGGAGGCCUUCAUCAGGAACUUCAGCGCCCCUUACAGCCCCCUGCAGAGGCAUCUGGUGGGAGAGACGGGGCCCGGCGGGGCGGGCCCCACAGCGGGGUCCGGGCGUCCGUCCCAGGAGAAGCCCCAGAAGCGGCCCCUCAUCGUGGAGCUCACCACCGCCUCCUUCGGCCCCUCCAUCAUGGAGGCCGACAAGGACGUGCUGGUGUUUUAUUACACCCAGUGGUGUGGUUUUUGCACUGCUCUCAACCACGUCCUCAUCCAGCUGGCCCGGUUGUUCCAGGGAAACGGCACCAUGACCAUCGCGAGAGUCAACGUCGCGCGCAAUGACCUCUCCUGGGAGUUCAUGGUGGACCAUGUUCCGGCCAUCCUGCUUUUUCCCAGACACAGGAAACACCAGAGCGUCAAGUUCCCCAGCGACGAGCUCAUCACCCUGCCCAACCUCCUGCGCUUCCUCCUGAAGCACACGGGCCCCGCCCACCGCCCGGGGGGUCCAUCGGGAAAGAGCCCCACCGCUGAGGGGGCCCCGGGACCCGGCCCCGGCCCCGGCCCCGCCCCGGGACCCAGCGUCCUCCACGCCGAGCUCCACCUGCUCCAGGACGAGCUGCGGGCGCUGCACCUGGCCCGCAAGCGGCUGGCGCUGCAGCUGGCGCGGCUGUGGCAGGACCACCAGCCGCUGGUCCUGGAGGCGCGCGGCGUGGAGCUCCACCGGGAGCGGCUGAAGGAGCAGCACCGCCAGAAGAGCCGGCAGCUGGGCACGGCGGUGCGGCGGCUGCAGGAGCUGGCGGACGCCUGGGAGGGCCACCUGGGCCACGACGGCCCCCUGCUGCGUGCACUGCUGGAGGCGCUGCGGGAGAGGGCGGAGCGGGAGGAGGAGCAGGAGGUGGAGGAGGAGGAGGAGGAGCGGGGCGAGAUGGGGGGGGCGGAGAAGGAGGGGGUUCAUGACCAGUAGGGAUGGCGUUGGGGGGUGGGGGGGGACGGGGACGACAGGGAAGAUGGGGGGUCUCCACGACGUGAAGGCCUGGAGCUGAGGAGGUAUAGGAAGAUUAAGAAAAAAGAAAAACAUGUUUUUUUUGGUUGUUUUUUUUAAUGAAGGGUCGGUCUUGUGCGAAGUGGAACUAUACAGCUGCUACCAGACGACGGAAAUGAGCAGAGACCGC